AUGGCCGCUCCGCAGCAACCGUACGCGCAGCCUUUCCUUCAGUUCGUCUCCUCCUCCCCUGCACCGCUAGCGAGAUGGGACCAGUGCGCGCAUCCUUCCGCCACGCUCGCACUCUCUCCGCACCCCGCGCCGUCACUUCUCCCGCCGUUUUCGCAUAAGCCUUCCGCCUUUGCGUUCCCCCACACUGGACCCCCAGCCCCGACGGAUCCCACCGCGCACUUCCCCCAAUACGCGUCACCGCUUCCCCUUGACAAUCUCGAAGGUUUUCGUGCCUCCGUUCCCGCGUUUGACUCAUGUGCCCCCGCUGUAGGCACUGCCGCUACUGUCACGUCCGUCCAGCAAUCCCUCCCAGCGUCUCCCCACACCUUCGCCCUAGAGCAUCUCACGCGUAAGGAGGACAGACAAGCAGGUACCGUUUCCGCGACACUCCCCGCAACUGCCGCUGCGUCGCCGGCUCACGCCGACGGGCCGUCGCCCCACGCACAUCCCCCCGCACCCUUCCGCUUCACUUCUCCUCAAAACCAGCCGCAAAUUCCGCGUCAAAGCCCGCUGCAGAUCCCUUCCCAACCCAACCCCCUUCACAUGUCCUCCGCCCAUGCGCCCCUCGCUGCGUGCCUCCUUAACUCUCUCCGCGCCGGCCUUCCUUCCCUUCCAUCCCUUCCGUCUGAUCGCCCCGUUUUGCCCGCUCUUAAUCCGCUCGAAGUCUGGGCUGCAGCAACAGCGGCAGCGGCGGCGGCGGCGGCAGCGGAUCUAGUAGCGGCGGGGCACGGACGCAGCGAUCAGGCAUCAGCAGCAGCGGCUGGUUUUAGACUUGCUGGUGACAACCCUGAGGGAUUCUUUGGUAGGGACGGAAGAGGCGAGGGAUUCUGUGGGGGUGAUGGGGGUGGGGGUACGGUGUACGGGGGUGCGACGGGAGGGGGCGGCGGCGGUAUUGGUGUAUACGCGGGUGACGUUCUUGGAACAAGUCAGGGGCGUUCCGGCACGGCGAAACAGCCUGGCUAUCACGGCGCUCUUUCGUUGCAGAGAGCUGUUUUCGAGAGGAACCGGAACGCCAUGGACGGUUGUGGAACAAGGGAAGUGCUCCCUGGUAUCACGCAGAAUCAACUCCAGCAGUCGACUCAGCUGCUGCUGCGACAGCAGCAGCAGCAGCAGCAGCAGCAGCAGCAGCAGUUGGUGCAGAAUUCGUUUCUCGCGCACUUGCUUCAGAGGGGAAGCAGUGCUUCUUUCAACCCCUCACCGUGUGUCCCCGCCUCCGCCGCUUUCGCAGCAGAACCAACGGCUGCGCCCCCGGGGCUAGUAACAACGGGCGUGGACGUUGGGACUGGGUCCGGGACACGGACUGGCGUUGAAGCCGCAGAUUUCUUUUCGGUGCCAGCAGCACCGCAACCUGUAUACGAUGUUCACGGUACCCAUCAGCAGCAGGGCUAUGUGAUUCACCAAGACUUCCAGCAGCAGCAGGUAGAACAGCAGCAGCAGCAGCAGCAGCAGCAGGCGCUGCAGGCUUGGGCGGGACUGGGAUCUGGAGAUUUCCGCGGUUCCGCAUCUAACGUCCAUACUCUUGGCCUUUUCCCGCAUGCGCAAUCCGCACUACCCCCAAACGGUCCCGCGCACGGCGCUACCUUUCCGCCAUCCACACCUCUCGCUUCCCCCGCGCCUGCUGCCUUCCUCCCCGCGCAGAAUGCUCUCCCCGCCGCGCUGACCCCGUCUGGCGCGCACACCGUGUUCCCCGCACUUGUUGUGCACUCCCCCGCUCAUCCCGCCGCGCACCCGCCGGCGCAUCUCCCCGCGGAGCUGCCCGCGGCCGGUGCGCGGACAAGCCUCGCGCCGUCCAGACCGCCUGUCCCGGAUAUGGGGCACGCUGUGGGGCAAGGGGAGUGGGAAGUGGGCGAAUCAAUAGGGGGCGGCUGGUCUCACGAUCGCCCUGAAGAGCCACGGGCAAAGCGGGCGAGGGGAACGGCGGGCGAAGGAUUGGUUAGAGACGGAGGGAUGGGAGAAGGGCUGGGCCGGUUGGAGAUGGUUCGUAAAUGGUCCGGAGGACUUGGGAAGAAAUCAGAGCAGGUGGCCUCGGUGGCAGAUGAUUUCAAGGCCGGUGAAGUGUCCUGGGAGGAAAGCUCAGGCGAGAACAGUGACUUAGAGGAGCCUGUAGAAGUGUUCAGGGGGGGGUUGCAGCAGCAGCAACAGCAGCAGCAGCAUCAUCAAUUUCCGUUUUUCGCGGACUUUCAGGGUACUUAUAAUCAGGAGCAGCAGCAGCUUGCAUUCCAGCCGUCGCCGUCAUCGCAGCUGUUGCAGCAGCAGCUGGGGGGGGAGAUGAACAUGCAGCAGAGUGGAUUCCCGCCCGUGCCUCGAUCUGGGAUGGUUGGCCGCGGAGGCCCCAAGCAGCCGAGGACUGUGGCAGAGAGGAAGCGGCGCAAUGGGAUCAGUGUGCGGCUGCAGCAGCUGAAGCAGGUGUUGCCGCAGGGGCAGUCGCGGAUGACUAUGGAGGCAGUUCUUGGGCAGGCAUUGGAACUUAUAUCGGAGCUAAAAGGCCAAGUGCAGGUGUUGGAAGCGGAUAAGGCCACUCCCUCCCCUCCCCUCCCUUCUUCCCCACCCCUCUUUGCCCGCCUGCAACACGUUUCCCUCGUCGUUGCCCUCUCUUCUGCAUUCCUGCCUGCCUGCCUCUUACCUUUGCUGAUAUCGUAUGUCCCUCCCACUCCCCUUCCCCUCUCCUCCCCCCCGCUCCCGUCCCCUCCGCGUCGCUCCCUUCCUCUGCACCUCCCGCGCCCUUCUUCCCCCCUCCCUUUCCCCCAAGCAGGGGCGCAGGGCGGAACAGCCAUCCACCAGGCGGCGAGGAAGGGCCUGGAUCAGACAGUGCAGCUUCUGCUGGACUAUGGAGCGGAUCCUCUGCGCGCCAACGACAUAGGCAGGCGUGCGCUGGACAUAGCGUGGGAGCAGCACCGCCCCACUAUGGCGCGCAUCAUAGAGAACCGUGUGGCGCUAUACGUUGGCUUUGUGCGCCAGCAGCAGCUGUCCGGGCCAGCCUUCUUGCAGGCGCUCGUGCCUCAGUGGGUCUCCAAGAAAGUGUGGGUGGCAGUGGUGCCGGGAUCCCAAGGCACCAACGCACGGCAGCGACUCAACAUCUAUGCUUCGCCGUCGGCCCCCACGGCAACGGAGGUGUUGCUGCACCACUGCCGUGUGUACCUUACCAAGCAGGACACGCACGACCCUGUGCUCGUUAUAGAGGACAUGCAGAGAGGUGCGUGCGUGCACAGGGGUGUGAGGGGAUGCAGGGGGAUGUGGAUGGGUGCAGUGGGUCUCUGUUGUCUGUUUCCUCACUGGUUUUCUCUCCCUCCCUCCCUCCCUCCCUCCCUCCCUCCCUCCCUCCCUCCCUCCCUCCCUCCCUCCCUCCCUCCCUCCCUCCCUCCCUCCCUCCCUCCCUCCCUCCCUCCCUCCCUCCCUCCUCCUUCCCUCCCUCCCUCCCUCCCUCCCUCCCUCCCUCCCUCCCUCCCUCCCUCCCUCCCUCCCUCCCUCCCUCCCUCCCUCCCUCCCUCCCUCCCUCCCUUCCUCCUUCCCUCCCUCCCUCCCUCCCUCCCUCCCUCCCUCCCUCCCUCCCUCCCUCCCUCCCUCCCUCCCUCCCUCCCUCCCUCCCUCCCUCCCUCCCUCCCUCCCUCUCUCCCUCCCACCCCUCCCAAUGAUCCGCAUGUGCGGCCACCCUCGGGACAGCAGCAGCAGCAGGGGAGUCAACGAGACAGCAGCCGUCAGUCAGCUGCUGGCAGCGGUCCCAGUGCCACUGCUGGAUCAGACAUGGGUGGAUGGGAUGCUGCCCCCCCGCCUCCCACAGCAUAUGGUGGCUGGGACUCUGGGCCCUCCACUUCCAAUCACCCUCAUCCCUUCUCUCCCGCUGCCGCUGCUGCUGCAGCAACAGCAGCAUCAGCUACUGUUGGUGCGAGUGUGUCGACUGGUUCCCGCAGCGGUGAUCGGUCCAUGGGAAGCAGUGUUGGCGACGGUGCCGGUGCUGGUACCGGUGCUGGUGCUGGUGCUGGUGCCGGUACUGAUGCUGGUGUUGGUGCUUCGGAUUGGGGUUCCUCGAGCAGCAACGCAGAUAGCUUCGGUGGCUGGGGUCCUGCUAAUGAAUCUCCUGCCCCAAAUCGCGCUCCCCCUCCUCAAACUGCCUCAGCAGCACCACCCGCAACUCCAGCAGCAGCAUCAGCAGCAGCAGCAGCAGCAGCAGCAGCGGCAUCAGCAGCGCCGGUUCUGGUGCAGGAAGGGCAGUACCAGCCGCUACCGGUUGCCACUGCUUCGUCUGCCCCUAUCCCCAUGCCCUCUCCCCGCGCUGCUGCAGACACGGCCCCCUCUGCUCCUCCUCUCUCGCCCACUCUUGCCGCGUCGCCUCUCGCUUACCCGUCCAUUGACACCACCCCGGUUUUGGUGGACUACGGACUUCCAGCAUCAGCAGUGGCAGUUGCAGAAACCGCUGCAGGAGCGGCAGGAGCAGCAGGAGCGGCAGCAGCGCCACCAGCAUCGCCCAAGGUGGAGCUACACCCGUCGUACGACCCGGCGCGCGUGCAAGCGGAGUUGAAGCGUGCGGAGAGUAACGUUGGCACGGGGGGCGGCCAAUGUGUGAUCUGCUGGGAUGCGCAGGCUGAGGCGGUGUGUGUGCCGUGCGGGCAUGUGGCCGGGUGUAUGGAGUGCCUGGGCGAGGUGAAGGGCAAGGGGUGGGGCUGCCCUGUGUGCCGUGCGGAGAUUCAGCAAGUGGUGAAGCUGUUUCACGUGUAA